UGGGGACAGGGGUGGAGAACACUAGUACCUUAUGUCCGUCUUUGUGUUGUGACUAAUUAAGUGGAAUUGAUUUAAUUUCUCUUUAGUAUAAUACUUCACUUAAGUACACGUGUUAAUUAAUUUACUUUAAUCUAAGCAUAGCGGAGUUUAGUUAAAUGUAUUGAGGGUAAUAUUUUAUGCGAGUUAUUGUAGUUUCUAAAGUAAUUAAUUGCAUGUUAAAAUAUUCAGUCUAAUCAACUGUUAUAAAAAAUUAACCAAUCAAAGUAACGAUUAUAUAUCGAACUUAAUCCAUUUUUUUUAACUCUAGUGAUAAAAUUAACUUACUGAUAAACUUGGCAUCUUCGCUAUUAAUUUAAGAUUCAAACGAAAUUAAUUAAAAACCAACAAAAAUAAGUUCAUUUACAUAGUCUCCUUGUUUACUGAACUGACUAAACUGAUCAUAAAACACACUUUGAUACUCCCUUAAGACUGGCGGGAGUUUCUGAUGUAAAGGACUCGUGCAAGAUUACUUUCUGAAAGUUAGAAUUGAUUUUUACUCGCAUCGAAGUCUCCACCAAUUUUAUCGUAAUGAAGAUGAUAAAGGCAGUGCUAUUUCUCAGCGUGUUGGUGGCGGUGAUCGGGGCGCCCUCUGGAGACAACACCAGGUCACUGUCAGGAGGGUUGGAGGUGAUCAAACGUCUAGGUGAGAGUCGGACAGGUGAGGUGAAGGUGACCCAGGGGAGGCCUCGACAAGGAGAGUCACCUAUAUAUUACAUACGUCUGCCUCCUUCAGCCUAUUAUUUCUCCCAUAACACCAUCCCGUCACCUACCGUCCACCUGCCGCAUCAUAAGGUCUCGGUCGAUUUUAUCAACAAUGGAAAACCACACAAAGUCUACCAUUGGAACCUCCCCUUGUACAACUCUCCCAUCUACCGUCCAUCACCUCAACUACCACCAUCACUAUCAACCACAUACGUAACCCAAACCUCUAUUACCACUCAACCAUCAACCACGUCACCAUCAUCACAGCUCUUAACCACAUCAUCAAAUCUAUCGAGUGUGACGCCCGAACCACCCACAACAAUGGCAGAAUUCCCAACUACAAUGCCUCAGCCAUCAACCACGAAGCUUCAGGCACUAAUCACAACCACGAUGAAGCCUUCCAAACGGCCGUGGUUGACCCUGAAGAAGAAUUUUGUUUACAAUGGGAAGCCCUCCAAGGUGUAUAUAUGGACCCCACGUUCUUCUCCCGUCACUGGUAACACGAACCGGCGUGCCAGACUGCCCACCUUCUAGUGCUGCCGCUGAUCUCUGGAGAGGUUAUCGUACUGUGUAAACAUCAACUUAUAAGGUUUUUUUCUGUGAUUUUAUAUGAAUGUUGAGGUUUAUCAUAGUGUAAACAUGAAUAAAGAGGUCGUAUGUGUGAUGUUACCUGGAUGUUGUACAUAAAUCAACAUUAAAAACAUCACAUUUACCUAUCCUCAGAAAUCCUGGUUAAUGUUUGAAUGUUGAAUGUUUUUGUUAUUUUUUCACAUCUAUAUCUGUCUGUCUGUCUGUCUGUGCGUUAAUGUUCAAAAUAAGGCAAACAGAGUAUUAAGUUUUAUAUCUAGA